AAAUAUUGAUUGCAUAGAUUAUGAUUAAGAAAUCUAUUAUUAAGGAAUAAAAUUGAAAUGCUACAAUGCAGGACAUGUAUUAGGAGCUGCAAUGUUUAUGGUUGAAAUUGAUGGUGUUAGAGUACUGUAUACAGGAGAUUAUAGUACAGAAAAAGAGAGGUAUUAUUUUAAUCUAAGAAAAUAAGACAUUUGAUACCUGCAUAACUACCCCAUGAGAAAAUUCAUGUGUUAAUAGUAGAAGCAACUUAUGGAGAUACAUAACACGAAACCAGAACUAAAAGAGAAGAAAAUUUCUUAAAAGAAAUAGUUUCAACUCUUAAUAAUGGAGGAAAUGUAUUACUUCCUGUUUUUGCAACUGGUAGAUGCCAUGAACUACUGAUCAUUUUAGAUGAGUAUUGGUCAAAAAAUCCACAAGUUUAAUAGUUCCCUAUUUAUAGUACUUGCACAUUAGCUAUAAAAUGCACACACAUUUUUUAAAAACAUUUUAAUAAAUUAGAAAAUAAAUAUCAUAAGGGUGAAAACCUAUUUAAAUUUAAUCAUAUAAAUACAAAAAAACAUUUACAAGAUAUUCUUAAUAACCCAAAACCAAAAGUAGUUAUGGCUAGUCCAGGAUUGUUGUAAUCAGGACAUUCAAAAUAAAUAUAUGAAUGUUGGUGUAAAGAUGAGAAGAAUUAAGUUAUAAUAACAGGGCCAGCAGUCUAAGGAACAAUUGCUCAUUAAUUAAUUCAUAAUCCAGAGCCUGAUACAAUAUAACUGACAAAUGAUAUUUAAUUUGUGAAUCAUUUUAUUAAAUUAUCAGAAUAAAUAAUAACUUAUACAAAAACUGUAUCAAAAUUAGACCUGCUUAAAUCAGUUUCUCUGCUCAUGCUGAUUAUCUAUAAACUUCAUCAUUUAUUGAUUCCUUAAGACCAUAACAUGUAAUUUUGGUUCAUGGAACUCAACAUAAAUGCAGAGAUUUAUAAAAGAAGAUUGAAAUAAAUUUUAAAGAUAUUGUGGAUAAGGUUUGGGCACCAGAAAAUUAAAAACAAGUUGAGCUUAGUUUUUAAAGAAGUUCAGUUACUUAAGCUGGAUGUAAAGCAAUAGGAGAAUUAGGAAAUCAGAUUGAAAACUUUAUUAUUACAUUUUAAGAAAAACAUAAUUAACAUAAAGUAGAUGAAGAAAUCAUAGAAUCAAAUGCAGAUUGCACUUGCUGCACUAAUGAUCUUUAUUUUAAUGGAGUACUACUGAAUACUGAACAUGGCUUUAUGUUAGUUGAUGAAACUGAUAAAGAUACUUUAUAAUAAUAUGGUAUAGAGUAGAAUUAAAUUUAUAACUAAAUGUAUAUUCCUUUAUCAUGUUCACUUGAGCAAGUCUAUUAUCAUGUAUAAUAAUUAAAUCCAGAAGCUGAAUUCCAUCCUGAUGAUUGCUUAAUAGUUGUUAAAGAUUUAGAGAUUAGAGUUCCGGUUUCAAGUGUUUUGUUGUAAUUUAAAUGGAUUUCAUCUCCGAAAACUGAGGAUCUAGCAGAUUCUUUAGCAUUUUUUUUAAGUAAUGUUAAUUAAAAUAAUUUAAACGAUGAAGAAUUGUUAAAAGGUACUCACUAAAUUGAUAUCAUUAAAUAGAUAAAUAAAAAGGAUUGAUAAACGUUUUAUAAAAGACAGAAUUUUAAAUUGAGAUUAUUGAAAAUCAACUUUAUGUGAAAAAUAAGAAUAUUGUUUUAAUCUAGGUCGAUUUAAAUACACUAACUAUAACUGCUGUUGUUGAAGAAACCUAAGAAAACAAAAAUAUUAUCAAAAGAGCAUAAAAAAUUAUUGAAUCAUAUUUGAGUUCCUACUUAUGA